AUGGCUCAUGAUUCUCCCGUAGCAACGUUCAAGCUUGUCUUGGUCGGUGAUGGGGGCACCGGAAAGACAACCUUCGUAAAGCGUCAUAUGACUGCAACUCUCGGGGUCGAGAUUCAUCCUCUUGAUUUCCACACUACCCGCGGAAAAAUUAGAUUCAAUGUGUGGGACACUGCUGGCCAGGAGAAGUUCGGCGGAUUACGCGAUGGAUAUUAUAUCCAGGGUCAAUGCGCCGUAAUCAUGUUUGAUGUUACCAGCAGAGUAACUUACAAGAACGUCCCAAAUUGGCAUCGUGACCUCGUUAGGUAUUAUGAUAUAUCAGCCAAGUCAAAUUAUAACUUUGAAAAACCCUUCCUUUGGCUGGCUCGGAAGCUAGUUGGUGACCCGAACUUAGAGCUUGUGGAAAUGCCAGCAGUUAAGCCCCCUGAAGUUCAUAUGGAUCCUAAUCUUAUUGAGCAAUACGAAAACGAAAUUGUCGUAAGUUCAUCUUGCUUUUUUAAAUCCUCAUAUAGAUUGCGUCACAAGCUCCAUUGCCCGACGAUGGGGAUGAAGAUUUGUGAAUAA